GAAAUCCCCUAAAGAUUGAGUUCACGAGUGGCUGGGUUACGGCGGUACGCUGUGCUUCAUCACGGAAAAACGUCAAGAUGAGAGCAUUUUCGUGAUAACUCUCGGAAAAUAAGUGUGCAGUGCAAGUUUCCGGACGGGGAACAUCGAUAACAUCGUGCAACAACGCAACUGAUGUCCCGCGACAAGCAUUCACGCUGAUGUGAACUGAAACCAGACGAAUUCCGUGAUACCUCUCUUGUUGAUAUCGCCUGGUAGUCCGGAGAAAGCAAACGAAAGGAAACCACAACAUUAGGGGACCUGCUGCAGGCACAUUUGAGACCUGCGGUGGUUGGUGAAUGGUGUUGCAGAUAGAUUCGGUGUGGGGCUGGGCGUCACCCCCGCUGCGCCUCCAGCUAGCCGGGGGGACCAGGGGUGCCUCGGGGAGAGGGGCCGUGGGAGCCCCAUCCUCGCAGAGGAUGGGUGAAAUAGUCGUAGAACGCGCUCCCUCUCCAGCACGCCUCAGUCAUACCUCUGAGAAGCAUCCUCGCUCGACGUUAACCGAGCUCAAUGUUCUUCGCCGUCAUCGGGAACUCUGCGACGUUGUUCUCAAUGUUGGCUCUAGAAAGAUAUUUGCGCAUCGUGUCAUUCUUUCGGCAUGUAGCCCAUACUUCAGGGCGAUGUUUACUGGGGAGUUGGCGGAAUCUAGACAAACUGAAGUAACGAUACGUGAUAUAGACGAAAUGGCUAUGGAAUUACUCAUAGACUUCUGUUACACUUCUCACAUUAUCGUCGAAGAAGCAAAUGUUCAAACUCUCCUUCCAGCAGCGUGCCUUCUUCAAUUAGCAGAAAUUCAAGAUAUAUGCUGUGAAUUUCUCAAACGCCAAUUAGACCCAUCAAAUUGCUUGGGUAUCCGAGCUUUUGCGGAUACCCACUCAUGCCGCGAACUUCUGCGUAUUGCCGAUAAGUUCACCCAACAUAAUUUCCAAGAGGUAAUGGAGAGCGAGGAAUUUCUGUUGUUACCUGUCGGCCAGUUAGUAGACAUUAUUUCGUCGGAUGAAUUAAAUGUGCGUACGGAGGAGCAAGUUUUCAGCGCCGUGAUGAAUUGGGUGAAAUACAACGUCUCGGAGAGGCGGCAGCAUCUCUCUCAAGUGCUACAGCACGUGCGACUGCCGUUACUUAGCCCGAAAUUUCUAGUCGGCACCGUCGGAUCCGAUCUGUUGGUUCGCUCCGAUGACGCCUGCAGAGAUUUGGUGGACGAAGAAAAUUAUCUACUUCUGCCGCAAGAAAGACCGUUGAUGCAGGGACCUAGAACGAGACCCAGAAAACCUACGAGACGGGGGGAGGUGCUGUUCGCGGUUGGCGGAUGGUGUUCGGGCGACGCUAUCGCCAGCGUCGAAAGAUUCGAUCCCAAUACUGCCGAUUGGAAGAUGGUUGCACCGAUGAGCAAACGAAGGUGCGGAGUGGGUGUAGCGGUGUUGAACGACCUGUUGUACGCGGUUGGCGGACACGACGGGCAAAGCUACUUGAACAGCAUCGAGCGGUACGAUCCGCAAACGAAUCAGUGGUCCUGCGACGUCGCUCCUACCACUUCCUGCAGAACUAGUGUAGGCGUCGCGGUUUUGGAUGGAUUUCUGUACGCAGUUGGUGGCCAGGACGGAGUGCAAUGCCUUAAUCAUGUGGAAAGAUAUGAUCCCAAAGAGAACAAAUGGUCUAAAGUGUCGCCGAUGACCACCAGAAGAUUGGGAGUGGCGGUUGCUGUGCUUGGAGGUUAUUUAUAUGCCAUCGGCGGGUCUGAUGGGCAAUCACCCCUCAACACGGUAGAAAGAUAUGAUCCGAGGCAAAACAAGUGGUCCCAAGUGUCCCCGAUGUCUACGAGACGUAAACAUCUAGGCUGUGCUGUAUUUAAUAAUCUAAUUUAUGCUGUGGGAGGACGUGAUGAUUGUAUGGAGCUCUCCAGUGCGGAACGUUACAAUCCCCAUACAAAUUCCUGGAGCCCGAUAGUAGCGAUGACAUCUAGGAGAAGUGGAGUGGGCUUAGCGGUAGUGAACGGUCAAUUGUACGCGGUGGGCGGAUUCGACGGUACUGCGUAUUUGAAAACGAUCGAGGUCUACGAUCCGGAGCAGAAUCAAUGGAAAUUAUGCGGUUGUAUGAAUUAUAGGAGGCUUGGCGGUGGCGUGGGUGUGAUGCGGGCUCCACAAACUGAGAACUACAUUUGGUAGCUCAGGCCCCCCUCUUCAGCCCAAGUGGCUGAAACUCCACUAACUCCUCUCACACCAAUAACGCCAGUUACUCCUGUAACUCCCCCGGCCCCCGUAUCGGUUCCUGUUGUUAUAACUAAUACUAGAAAACGCUACCGUCGAUCGAUGAGCAUUAUAUAAGUAACUAUGCAUUUUGUAAAAGACUUUGCCUUUCUAAAUUUUUGAGAGAGCAUCCUCCGUAUAUCGAUCUUUGGUGUUUAUUUUAUUAUCAACUUUUAAAAUAUUUUUUCGCUCGAUCAAACAUGUAAUUUGCGCAUAUGGAAAAAAAAAGAUGCGCAUAUUCUGUCGAUUUACUGCCGUUAUUUUACAUUUUUACUCCACAAAACAUCAUGUCGAAAUAUUACUUUAUAAGAUUUUUUAUCAAUAUUAUUUGUAUUGUAUGUGAAACAAAUUCCAAUUGCUUUAGAUUUAAGUGUUCGUAGAAUUAUAAAUGCUUUGUGUUCUCUAUUGUGCACAAAACUUUAUGUUUUUUUUUUUAUGUGAAAAGAAAGGCAAAAUCUCUUCCCUAAUAUUCACCAAAAUAUAUAUGUUUCGAAAGAACGUUCGCAGCUUCCAUUCUUCAGUAAAUAAUCGAAAUAAGUUAAAAUUUUUCCAAUUAUAAUCAUGAUUUAAUUAUCGAGGGUCGCUUCUGUACCCAAUAAUGCAAAAAAUAUAACAUAAAACAUGA